UAAAUUUUAUCAUGUCUGCGCAAGCGUCUCUAAGUCAUUGCGCAACCGCAGAAUGUCAACUGACGCAGACGAGCAUCAACCCAUCAGCUGUUAUGUUGAACGCAUCUUGAGCAGAGUGUCGUGUCGUGAUCGUCGAACAGCCUGCAGCUUUCGUGUCUUGUUCCUUUGUUUAUUUCGAAAGUAAAUUUGUUUCUUCGAUUAGAUAAAAGAAAACGUGUCGCCUUGAGUUGAACACGAAUGGGCAGGACUCUGAAGUUUUAAUAUUUUAAGCUUGGUAAAAUCUCGAGGCAACCAGAAAGUCUUGAGUCUUUAAACUGAUUGUGUCAAAGUGCCCAUCCUAUCCAUAAAGACUUUAGUGCUUGUUUUAAUACUUGGUGGUUUGUGCAUUUAAGUUGAACUCCGAUUUCCAUUACCUGUUUUUCGCUUAUUUGCCUGGAAUAGAGAAUUAAGCUUCUAGAGCUAAAAACGGGUAAAACAUAUCAUGGCGCAGCCAACGAGUAGCGCCGUCAGGGCCCUUGCACUCGAAUACAAAAGUCUCCAAGAGGAACCCGUCGAGGGCUUCCGCGUCAAACUCGUUAACGAGGAUAAUAUGUUCGAGUGGGAAGUUGCGAUUUUUGGGCCACCAGACACUCUCUACCAGGGCGGCUAUUUUAAGGCACAUAUGAAGUUUCCACCAGAUUAUCCCUACAGUCCACCAAGCAUUCGCUUCAAGACGAAAGUCUGGCAUCCUAAUGUGUAUGAGAAUGGUGAUCUUUGCAUAUCGAUUUUGCAUCCACCAGUAGAUGAUCCACAAAGCGGUGAGCUUCCAUGCGAAAGGUGGAACCCUACUCAGAAUGUUAGGACAAUCCUGCUUUCUGUUAUCUCGCUCUUGAAUGAGCCAAAUACAUACAGCCCUGCCAAUGUUGAUGCAUCGGUGAUGUACAGACGUUGGCGCGAUUCCAAAGGACGAGACAAAGAAUAUGAAAAUAUCAUCAGAAAACAAGCGCAAGCUGCAAAAACGGAGGCAGAGAAGGAAGGAAUCGUCGUACCCCUAACUUUGGAGGACUACUGCAUAAAGACUAGGGAAAGGCCAGUGGAACAUCAUCUAGACAUGACAGAUUUUUACGAUGAUGAGUAUGAGCUCGACGACGAGGACGACGACGACGAACAGCUGAGCGCUAGCGACUACGAGGACGGCGACGACAGCGGCAACGGAGAGUCGUGAUCUAUUUCUUAGAAGGAACGGGAGCCUCGUAUUAUACAUUAUUUAAAUGAACGAGAUUUUGAACCCGACUCGAUUACGUGAAAAUUGCAAUCGUAAUAAGUCGCGCAAGUCGCUCGACGUUUUUAAACUUACGGGAGCCUCGCCAAACGAACUCUGCUCCAGAAAAAAAUAACAUGCGUAGUCUAAGGAUCGCCACAAUGCGAUAUUUAUAUAAUUCUAUAACAAAAACGCUCGGGCGUUACAAAACAUUGUUUCAUAAAGCGUUAAGUUGUUUUUUUUCCUAUUUUUUUCUUUUUUUUUUUUUUGAUAAUCGCAACAACUCGUUCUUUCUUUCAUAGCUAGUUUUAUUUCCCCUCCUCUAAGUGCAAUCUACUUGCCCCUUACACUUAAUCUAUUUCUACUUCUCGCUAGUUAGGCUAAUUGUUUUCGACUGAAAAUUUACUCCCGCGCUUCAUUUUUUUUUUUUUUGUGAAAGUUGUAGGUUUUAAGAGGGUUGAGGGGUAAUUUGUUGGAGGAAAAUGGCGCUAAUCGCAAUACGAAUUUAGAGAGUCUUUUUGUCGAUAAAAAAUAUCCUCUAUCUUUGAAGAUCACAGGGUAGACAUCCACCUCGAAUUUGAACACCCUGUUUGGAAGUUCCUUAACUUAUAAUGGUAUGAAUAUAAAUAUAUUUGGAUAAAAGCACUGUGCUUCUUGUAUUGUGACUAGCACGUCAAUCUUUUUUAUUCGAGGAACCAAUUUAUUCCUUGAUUUGAUCCACGAAAUUAUGCUUUUUGCAACUCUUGGUUAGAUCUUGCAGGAUCAGAUAAUCAAAGUUGGUCUCGAAUUGUAAUAUUAACGUGCUUUAAAGAAAAAUGUUCAGUUUUGUGUGGGUAAUUGAGAAGUUAGUGAAAAAAUAACCGCGACUUCGGGUUUGUUAAAAGAAAAGCAAAAAAAAAAUGGAGUCAGGAAAAACCUGUUACAAGAGGAAGAUUUUCAUAUUCUUCGCGUUAGGUUUAAAUGCCAACAUAUUAGGCGUAUAUCUAGGUAUUCCCUGUCUCUUUAUCGUUAACAAACUUUAGAGAAAUGACGUCUGUUGUUAUUUCUUCGUCGUUUUCCGAAUUCUCGGCCAUCUUGAGAUUAUAAUCCAGGCACUAAAGCGAUUUUUUCUUCCUUUAAACUAGGUAUUUUUACUAGCAACGGUUUUUUUUUAUAUAUAUUUUAAGUAUUGAGGGAUCUUACACUGGUUUCGACAUUUACUAGCAACCUUUUUAAUAUUUCGAAAAACGCAUUAUUUUAUGCGAUGGAGGACACACCAAAUAUUUUCGUCGUUCAAGUUUUAAAAAUCAUUUCGUAGAGGUAAUUUUCCGAUUUAAUGGCUUUGCUUUCGUUUCUUAUUUAAAAAGCACUAGUCGUGUAAUCAAGAUAUAUAUAUAUAUAUAUAAAGAGAGAAAUGUGCAUCGCGUUACGUCCACUGAAUUAGUUUAGCUUGCGAUUUUUACCCAAGAUCUCGAAGGCACGAUUGCUAAUCUAAUAUGUGGUUGUUUAUCGAAUUGUAUGCAUUACGCUGUAAAUAGAUCGCAAAUUACGAAGGCAGAGACGAUAUCAGGUGGAACUCGAGAACCUUUUACUAUUUCUUCGUUGGGGAACUUUUGUUAAUCGACCAAAAUUCUCGUGUCAAAUGUUGAACGACGAAAUAAAUGCGGAAGAACAUGAA